AUGGGUUCCCUAAGUUCCGACAAGUCUGAAAUAGCAUUCUUUGAUGUGGAAACCACCGUUCCAACCCGACAGGGUCAAGGUUUCGCCAUUUUGGAAUUCGGGGCGAUUUUGGUUUGCCCUAGGAAAUUAAUCGAGCUGGAGAGUUAUUCCACCCUGAUUCAGCCCUCCGAUUUGUCACUCAUCUCGAAUCUCUCUGUCCGUUGUAAUGGCAUCACCAGGGACGCUGUUGUUUCCGCCCCAACUUUCGCUGAUAUUGCUGAUAAAGUCUACGAUAUUCUACAUGGGAGGAUAUGGGCAGGGCAUAAUAUACUGAGAUUUGACUGUGCUCGGAUCAGAGAAGCAUUUGCUGAGAUAAAUAGGCCACCUCCAGAACCUAAAGGAACGAUUGACUCCCUUGCUUUGCUAACUCAACGCUUUGGAAGGAGGGCGGGUAACAUGAAGAUGGCCAGUCUCGCGACGUAUUUUGGAAUUGGUGAGCAAACACAUAGGAGUCUAGAUGAUGUUCGGAUGAAUUUGGAAGUUCUGAAGUAUUGUGCAACUGUUCUAUUUUUGGAAUCAAGCCUUCCUGACAUUUUAACUGAGAAAAGUUGGGUUUCUCCUAAUGCUACAACAAGAAGUCGCAGCAACGGGAAAACUUCUCCAGAAGAGAGGGGCUUGGUCACAAACAAUUCACCAUCUAGCAGUAAAGUUGAAAAUUGUGCAACAUCAUCUCAUGUGAUCCCCACAGAGGAAACUCAUCCAAUUUUCUCACUUGCGACUCCCAUAACAAAUCUAAAUGCUCUUGAACUAGUUGAACCAAACUUAGCCGGGUCAGACCCCUUUGACUUGGGUGCACUUACUAAUGGAAUAGAUGGCGAACCUCGUCAGUCAGAGGACAUGGAAGAAGUGGAGUCUGGGUCGGCACCUCGAGAAUCUUCCAUGACAACUUCAACUGAAGGUCCUAGUGAUUGUGUGGACUUCUUGGAACCUCAUCAAAUCUCUAUACCUUCUAUCUCUGCAAUUCUCGCACCCUUCUAUCGUGGGACCCGAAAGGUACAAAUACUGCAUGGGAGUAUAGCAUUACAGAUUUGUUGCAGGCAACUGAAAGUGCGAUUCGGGAUUAGUACAAAAUAUCUUGAUAGUGCUGGUCGCCCACGGUUGAGUUUUGUGGUGGAUGCUUCACCAAGCUUAUGUGAAAUUUUGGAUAGUGUUGACAAAGUUGCUCAAAAGUUUUCGGAUUCUGGUAGCAAUGCUUCCUCUGAUUGGAGGCCUUCAGUUACCAGAAAGGAAGGCUACUUCAACUAUCCCACAGUGCGGCUGCACUUACCUACCAUCUUCGAUGGUAAUAUGCUUCGCUGGGCUACAGAGAUAUAUCAAAAAGAAUCUUCCACCACUCAAAGGCUUGUCUUCAGUAAAUUUGACGUUGCAGAACUAGAUUCCUUGUUCACUUCUGGAAAAUAUCUGGAUGCAUACUUCACCUUGGAUCCAUAUGACUUUCAUCAGAACGCUGGCAUCCGACUUGACAGACUUUCAAGUGCAGUGUUUGGCGGGAUUAGGUCCUCCUCUGUGUUUAGUUUAACAUCUCUCCUACUUGUACAAAUCUGGGAAGUGACCUCCGUGUGGACAGAAACUGGCAUUAUUGAAGCUUUGAAUUCUGAUGGACCUCGUACAGAUAUUAUACUUGCUGAGGUCAACCUUCUAAUGGCAAAUGAAGGGCAGAUGUUGAGAUACAUUCUGCAUCAUAAAGAUUUGCAACAUAUUCCUAUCAUCAUUAUAGCAACAAGAGAUCAGGUUGCUUUAACCAUAAACGGCCUAAGACUUGGUGCUGCAGACUAUCUUCUGAAGCCUUUACAACCAGAGGAGCUCUCACAUUUGUGGAUGCACAUUCGGAAAAGGAAGGGGUUGUGGUUGCUGUUGAUGAAUCAGUUGCUUGCACAUACGCAGCGAAGCCGGUUUCCCAGAGAUGCUGCAAAGCUUGCCAAAAUUGUAAUUCCCACGGCUGUAGCUGAAUCUAAAUUUCAAGUUGGAAGUGAUGACAGUGGUGAUGAUGCUGGUGAUAGUGGUACAAUUGGUUGUUCCAUCGAGGUUUACUACAUAGGUCCUACUGGUUGUGGUUGUGUUUGA